GGUGAAUUCCGGGCUAAGCAAACAUGGAGCAGAGGUUCUACAACAACCCCAUUGCGUUUUCUAUCCUUCUCGGGACAACCUUCUUCAUCUACGUCGGAUGCAUAGGUCCAUACAGCACUGGCACCAUCACGACCCUUCAACGGCAGUUUCUCUUCAAGAGCUCCGAAAUUGGCGUCCUCAUCUCCGUCAAUGACAUCGUCGCGAUGGUGACGGUCACGCUGACGGCUUAUUUUGGCGCCAGUCGUCACCGUCCACGCAUUAUGGGAUGGUUCACGUUUUUAUUCGCGGUGGGUUGUGUCGUCAGCACCAUACCGCAGUGGGUUGAAGAGAGUGCGUUCCAGAAUCUCACCGCCAACGCCAAUUCAACCGGCAGAGGGGAUUUCAUGUGUGACGUCACCAAGGUUCCAGAAGAUACAUGUUCAGAAAAGGAAAAAGAGGAGUCAGGAGCUCAGCACCUGAAAGCCCUUUGGUUGUACCUCGGUCAAGCAUUGUUUGGACUAGCUUCUUCUGGAUAUCUAUCUUUGGGAAUUAGUUAUCUUGAUGAUGGUGUCCCUAGAAAUAAGGCUCCUUUAUAUUUUGCUGGCAUUUUCAUCGUUUCAUCUUUGGGAUCUUUCGUCGCGUUUGGUCUGAGUGCUUUCAGUCUGUCCCUGCAUACGGAUUUCUAUAAGAUCAACGUCGACGAUCUCGGUUACGAUGACAGAGAUCCAAGGUGGAUCGGAGCAUGGUGGCUUGGCUAUCUGGUCUAUGCUGGGCUGUUUAUUCUUCUCGCCUUACCAUACUUCCUAUUCCCUAAGAAGUGGCCGCUACAGUUGAAAGAGGAUGAAAUUGAGCUUGAAACAAAGCCUGAAACAAAUAAUCGUAAGAGCGUUUCUGCAGAUCAGGAGUGCCAAACGACAAUCAGUGGCGAUGCAGACGAAUUCGGGGUCGUUGUAAAAAAUGGAGUCGAAGGACCGAGACCUCAGCUGAACGGCGUGUCAGAGAAGCAGAACGGUCAUGAUAAGCGGAAUGGGAUGGGCAACGGUUAUAACAAGUUCGACAAUGAAGUAGACGAUGGUAAUGAUGAGAAACAGAGCACUGGAGACGACACAGAGAAGGGGAAUCUCGUGAGUUUUUCUUCUGUUACAGGCUACCUCUCGGCAAUCCGACGCCUAUUCUUGAACUUCACGUUCAUGGCUCUUAUAAUGGGAUCAACCUGCUCUUCCGCAAACCUCAGCGGUUACUACACGUUCAUUGGUCGCUAUCUUCAGACUGCAUAUGACGUCACCCCUGCAGAUGUGUCCAUUAUAUUAUCUGCCGUGUCCACCCCAACCUCAGUCCUUGGCAUAAUGUUUUCUAGUGUCCUAAUCAAUAGAAUGAAUUUGAAGUUAAGAGGUCUACUGAAUUUGGCCGCAAUAUGCAAGGGUAUCGCAGUAGCCUUCGUCUUGGGAAAUUUUGCCGUUUUCUGCGGGAAGGCUCUGAUAGCUGGUGUGACAACACCCUACCCUGGUAGCAAUGAAAUAAGCUUGGAAGCGGCUCCUACUUGUAUGGCUAAUUGUGAGUGCGAGAAAGGCGUUUAUACUCCAGUUUGUGGAUCUGACGGUCUUACCUACGUCACACCUUGUCACGCUGGUUGUACCGGGAUUCGUGAGAAUGAUCAUGGAGAGACGGUCUACACUAACUGCACCUGUGUGUCACCUACCUCUACCGCAAGCCCGCUUUUUGAAGGACCCUUGACCGCCGUGAAGAACCAAUGCCCAAGAUUCUGUCGUGUCAAGAUCAUCGUUUUUAUCGUCCUGUAUUGCGUCUCAUCGUUUGCCCAGUCCUCGAUGGGAAACUCUGUAGUAAACUCAAAAUUAAGGGUCGUGGAGAACCGGGACAAGGCCUUAGCUCUGGCUCUUGGAAGCUUCUUUAAUAAAGUUCUGGCCUACAUCCCUGCUCCUAUCUAUUACGGCCUGGCAAUACAGUCAACAUGUGCAAUGUUCCAGGAAUCCUGCGGAGAGACUGGCAAUUGUCUCAUCUAUGAUACAGAUCGAUUCUCGACCAAUUUCUGGGGGUUAUUCUGUGGCUUGGGUGUUGCCACCGUGUUUUGUUACGCAGUUGCAUCUUUCUCCCUUCGUCGAAACGCAAAAGGGGAAUAUUACGCCCUCCAGCUGCACUUCUUUGGGUCAAAGUCCAGAAAUGAGAAUGAAGAAAAGGAGUAAUCAUUAAGAGGAAUGAUCCCAACGACAUGCAUCUACAAUUUUAUCCUAUGGCGUUCGGCUGGGAUAAAUAAUUGGGAACAGGCGUCAUUCAAAUUACACCACAUUGGCCCGUAUUCUGAAGUCCGGUUUAGCUUAAACCAUGGUCUAAGUCUGGUUUAAGUUUGGUCUAAACUAUGGGAAGCUAUGAGUAUUACCUAAUUCAUUGAUUAUCAAUUGAUUAACUACUAAUUUUUAAACUUCAAUGCUCAAUACUAUAAUGCUUACUUAGGUUUAAUGGUGAAGCAUUAUAUUGUAAGUAUCAUUUUAAGAAUUCUAUUACGAUUUGAAUGCCAAGGCGAUUUCGUUCUGACAAUGGUAAAGUCUCAUUUCCCCUACGGGGCAGCUGGGCGCUGCGGAACCGAAGGGGGGGGGGUGGUGUACGCUAUAGGGGCCCUUUUUUAAUAAGCGCACUCUAAAGAUGAAAUGGUGAAUCAAGAGUUGAAAGGUUGGAAGAGUUGGAAGAGUGGCAACCUUCAUUGAAUGUUGCAUUUUCCUCUUUAAAUGAAUCGACCAACACUAAAUUGUUUGAUUCAGCUGAAGGCCUGUGCAAGGUUGGAUAUAACGUUUGUUAAAAAUUGUCACUCUAACCUUUUAAUCAUUGAUUAAACGUGUCAACUAAUAUUGCAAUUUAACUUGGUUCAUGAUGAAUAUGAUAAUGACAUUAUGAUUGGAUUAUGGUAAUUACUUUGUUAAAUCUAUAUAGAAUUUCGGCGUUUUUAGAUCUCGAUAUUUAUGAAUGUGGUGUAUAUCUGUUAAGUGGUGCAUAUUGAUAUUUUAUUCCUCGGAUUCUUUUUUCAAAUGAGUUUUUAUCGGUAAAAUCAAUUGUCACAUUAAAGAACAGUAAUACUUCAUCAAGUUCAUGCGUAUGGGGAACAUAUCGAUUAUGCAUCGUUAUCACUGAUGGAAUUAAGAGAACAUUUUUGCAAUAAUGAUAAUUCUAUUCCUUUUAAAACACACAUUAAGUAUGUAUCUUAUUUUGUAUUAAAAUUAUAUAGUUUUCAUGAGUGAAUUUGUUCAAAGUGAUUCACAAAUAAAUAUAUCCGUAUCGAUG